AUGUCAGGCUCUGCGCAGGUUGCAUCCUCGGUGGAUCUCCGGGCGAGGUGGGGCGCUUUCGAGUCGGCGUGGGGCAAGCACAGGGACAUGGCAGGGCUGUUCUCUCGCGGGGGGCUGCCCUCCAACACGGCGAGCAAGCUGAACCGGGAGGGGGUGGCAGCGUCCUGCACUCCCGCGGUGCAGGUCCUGGAGCCGGAGUCCCCGUUCGCGCUGUACGGGGUGACGAUCAAGGCGUGCGGGGAGAGGAGGCCCUCCUUGCAGGUGGCGGGCAGGGCGUCCUCCGUGUUGAAGACCAACUCGUUCGUCUCGGGCUCUCUGCUCGAGCAGGACGCCGCGGACGUGAUGGGGUCCUACGGGGAGCUGGGCAAGGCUUGGCGGUACGCCUCUAGGGCCAUCCAGGCCCAGAGCCCCGAGGCCAGCGUGGUGCUCUCCUUCUGCUGCGACAAGGCGGCGACCGUGGGGACCAGCACCCGCUUCGCCUCCGUGCAGGUGCACAAGGGCGUGUGGAGCAUCCCGGAGGGCUGCGAGCAGGGGUCGCUGAGGGUGCGGAGGUCGACGGUCUCGCUCGACGGCACCGUGCUGGCGGAGACGGUGAACGUCAGCAUGCGGAAGCACCCGGAGAUGCCCAUCAGCUCCGUCACGCUCACCACCACCAUGCUCGCGCCGGACGCCCCCUCCGCGGUGCUCUCCCACGCCGCCAACCCCAGGCUGCAGCAGGCGGUCAGGGAGGAGACGCCGGUGCAGUGCCACCUGGUGCUCGGCCUCCCGCAGCCCAUCGCCUGCUACGGCGUGCCCGGCGACAUCGUGGAGGGAGCGCCCGGCUGCCCCGUCCAGCAGGGCAUUGCGGGGUUGGUUGGGCUGAAGACGCAGUGCAGGCUGUCCGGGCAGGGGUUCGGGCAGGGACCCGCCGAGGGCAUCCUGACCCUCCUCAACCGCGAGCUCGGCAACGUCUCCUCCACCUUUGGGAUCUGCAACGAGGACCAGCUCAAGGCCGCCGUGUUCAACGGGUCGGGGAUGGAUGUGGUGGUGGUGUCUUCGCUCACCUGCUUGCCGGUGUGA